AUGGUGGAAAUUUUCCUUACUUUUGCUGCUGAGGGAAUACUGAAGAAGGUGGCUUCACUUGCGGCCCAAGAAUUCAAUCUUGCCUGGGGAUUCAAAGCAGAGCUGACAAGGCUCAGUGAAUCUUUGAACAUGAUUCAAGAUAUCUUAAGUGAAGCUGUCGAGCAACCGCAAGGUCGGGGCAAGGCAGUAGAGGAGUGGGUGAAGAAACUUAAACAUAUAGCUUAUGAUGCUGAUGAUGCGUUGGAUGAGUUCAAAUAUGAAGAUCUUCGGAGUAAAGUAGGGCUCCGAAACCAAAUCCACAUAAAGGUAUUGAUCGCCCUCCUAUCCCAGUGCUUUUCAUCUUAA